AUGGAAGAACAAAUAGAUCAACAAUUAAAUCCACCUCAGCAGGUUCCUGCCUCAAUGUUAUAUCAAUCUCAAUUAAAUGUACACCCGGGCAUGCAAGGAAAUUAUUAUCAACAAAUGCCACCUUGUCAACCUUAUCAAUCUAUAUUAAGACCUGAUGGUUAUCCUACUUAUACAAGUCAAUGGCCAAAUACAUUUUACAAUAAUGAACCAACACAAGUAGUGGCUCCACUUCAGGCUCCCUAUCUUCCAAACGAUGCUCCCGUCUAUUACACUUCAUCUCAUUGGGAUACUAAUUCAUAUUUACCAGUAGGUCAAUAUGCAGGGAUGUAUGAUCCAACUGUAUCAGCAUAUCAAUUACCUCAAUCAGGUUCUUUCCAAUAUGUGCCAGAGGGAGCCCCAGUUAUUCCAAAAAAGCGUAGUACAAGAAGAAGAUUUUUGAAGUUCUGCUGUUAA